AAGCGGGGGCGGCGCCGCGGGGAGGCGGCGGGGGCGGGCGGUGCGCCGGGCCGAGCCGCCGGGCCGGGCGAUGGCGCUGCGCCUGGUGACCCGCUUCGACCCCGCCGAGGACGCGCUCCCCGCGCUGCGGGCGGCCGGGGGCGGCGGCGCAGAUGUUUUGGAAGCAAAGUAUGAGAGCUUACGUGUACAAAAUGUGGAAAGAAAUGGAAAUAUUAUUUAUACUUACAAGGAUGAAAAGGGAAAUGUGGUCUUUGGAUUAUAUGAUUGCCAAACCAGACAAAAUGAGCGUCUGUAUACCUUUGAGAAAGACUUGCAAGUUGUCAGUUGCUCAGUCAACAAUGAGAGGACUUUGCUUGCUGCAAGUUUCAUUCAAUCCACUGAAGAAGGAAGAAGGAAUGAGCUUCAACCAGGUUCCAAAUGCUUAACUUUGCUGGUGGAAAUCUCCCCUGUUAACUAUGUGAAGGUCCUAAAGGCCGUGGAUAGCUGUGUUUGGGUACAGUUCCUGUACCCACAUGUUGCAAGUCAUCCUCUGCCAUCAAGCCACCUGUUACUGGUUUCAGAAGAGAGAUAUAUCGAGCAAUUUCAUAUCCAAGUCACCCAAGAAGAUGGGAAUAGAGUGGUAAUUAAAAAUUCUUGCCAUCUCCCGAGAGACAGAAUAGUUGAGGAUUUUGUUUGGGCUCAGUGGGAUAUGCCAGGACAGAGAUUAUACUACAUUGACGUAAAGAAAUCAAGGACUGUCUUAAAAUGCAUCCAGUUUAAUGCGGAUGAGCGCUUUACCUUAAUGUUUGAAACACCCCUGGAUAUACCAUUAAGUGGCUCUGAAUUUACGCUUGUCAAUUUUGGAUGUGGCUAUCAUGAAGAGCAAGAGAAAUUGUCCAAACACCUGGCUCUCUAUGUUUUUACCAACUGUACAGGAAGCCUGUGUGUAUGUUACAGCCAGAAGUUUGACCCUUGGGAGCAAGUCACAUAUUCCGUGUUUUAUUUUCAUGAAGGGUACAGAAAGACCUUCACCACUACCCCUAGGAGUGACAGCCCACAUGUGACAGAGGACAUCACCUUCCUCAACCUCGACUAUUACGUGGCUGUUUACAGACGCGGCCAUUUCCUUCAUUUACUGAACAUCCAGCAUCCAGAUUUAGUCUGCCACAGUCUGUUUCUGACAGGAAACAACCUAAUGACCGAUGUGCUACCUCAGGGUCCUUUGCGGUCACUGUCGGCAUCGCUGAUGCUGGACCAGGCCUCCGGGAGGCUCUACGGAGUGUUCCUGGACCAGCCUGGCCUGCUGCGGGUCCUGAGGGCCGCCCAGCGGGACUGUGACAGGAUGGCCGCGCUGCACUGCCUGCUGGCCUGUGGCCCAGAGCCGCAGCCUCUGGAGGCCCAGAUCAUCCAGUGGGUUUCUGAGAACAUCUCUACCUGUCAUUCAUUUGACCUCAUUCAGGAAUUUAUAAUUGCUUCCUCGUAUUGGAGUGUGUAUCCAGGCACAAGUAAUAUAGACACCGUGCUGCCGUACUCCUCAGUGCUCUGCUGGGAUACAGAAAUUCUUGGAAUAACUCUGGUGACGGAAGAGAUCCCUCUGCUUCUAAUGAAGGUCCACAGCUUUAAGGGCUACUGGGAAAAGCUGAACUCCAACCUCGAGUACGUCAAGUAUGCCAGGCGACCCUUGUACUACAGCAACCGUGUGCUCUGGAGGGAGUGGUGCAACCUGACCUCCGAGGAGGAAAUGGGCAAAAGAAGGUCCGUGGCGUACGUGAGGAACAUUCUCGAUAACGCGGCCAGGGUGAUUUCUAGAGUAGAAGCGAGGCGCCCAGAGCCAAGGUUGAGGCCCCUCCUGCAGGAGGAGGACACCCCCCAGCGGCUGCUGACUGGGCUGAUGGUGUCUGAGCUAAAGGACCAUCUCCUGAGACACCUGCAAGGUGUAGAGAAAAAGAAAAUUGAACAGAUGGUUGUGGACUACACCUCCAAACUGCUGGACCUCAUUUGCUGCAUACUGGAAGCCAGCUGUAGGAAGCACAAUCUCGACGCUUGGCCUCUCCAGCUCGAUGGGCGUGGCAGUGCUGCCGAAUUUGCAGUCUUUCACAUCAUGACUAGGAUUUUGGGAGCCACUAGCAGUUUGUUCUUACCUCUGCCUCCUGGUUUCCACACCCUGCACACCACCCUCGGGGUGCACUGUCUCCCUUUGCACAGCCUGCUGCAUUACAUCGACAACGGGGUGUUGCUUCUCACCGAAACGGUGGUCAAAAGGCUCCUGAAGGAUCUGGACAAUACAGAGAAAAAUGAAAAACUGAAAUUCGGCAUCAUUGUGCGGCUCCCUCCGCUCAUUGGGCAGAAGAUCUAUCGACUCUGGGAUCAUCCUGUGAGUUCCAACAUCAUCUCCCGGCACCACGUGACACGACUGCUUCAGAACUAUAAGAAGCAGCCGUGGAAUUCUGUGAUCAGCAAGUCGUCAUUCAGUGUAGACUUUCUGCCCCUGAACUACCUGAUUGAGAUUCUGACCAGUCUGGAGUCCUCUAAUCAAGCUCUGGAUGAUUUUGAAGGCCAUGACAAUGUGGAUGCAGAAUUUGUAGAGGAAGCAGCUCUCAAACACACCACCAUGCUUCUAGGCUUAUAAAAGAGAAGAUGCCACUGAAGCUGCUUUCAGCAUUGUGACUCACUCGCUAACCCUGCUCUCACGGGGAAUUCUUUAGCAACAGCUAAAAGUGGACAACACAAUAUACUGGUGAAACUCUGAGAGUUUUAGUUUUUUACAUGUUCGGGCAGAACUGUGUGUCAUUCCAGUGCUGAGCAGCUGAGGAGCCGUCAGGCAUAGGGAGGUGACUGACAGACCAGCGGGACAGGAAACGGCAUCCACAGUGCCCUCCCUGUAGGCUCAGCAGGCCAAGCUAGCUUCUGUCACACUUGGAAAUAAAACCUACUUUAAAAAUGUCACCACACCUAGGUGAGUGCCUAGAACAGCAAACACUAGAAUAAGCAGAAAAAUUCAGUGUUGCCUAAAGAGCGUUAUUUGGGAAGAAAAUACUUUUAAAAAUUUGGGCUAAAUCAAAUCUGCUGUCUCUGAAACAGCAUAUUGUGUCACCUGUAGUGAUGUGUACAUGUAGAGGAUUUAGAAGGUUUGUCUUUGUGAUGGUUCAGACGGAACUGUUUUUAAUUGCUUUGUAUUUAUAAAAGUUGGAUUAAAUCAUUAAAAAAAAAACCCCAAAUACUGAAAGCCUCAGCCUGA